AUGAAGGGCGAGAUCCUUCACGUUCAUCUCGGCCAGGCUGGUACCCAGCUCGGCAACAGCGCUUGGGAGCUGUACCUGCUCGAGCACGGUCUUGCACACGAUGGUCGCCCCGAUCCCGCUGCCAAGGACAUUCUUGACGGUGGCUCCUACGAAACCUUCUUCACCGAGACGAGCAAUGGCAAACACGUGCCCCGAGCCAUCUUCUGCGACUUGGAUCCUUCCCCCAUUGACGAGAUCCGGACUGGCGCAUACCGCCAGCUCUUCCACCCGGAGCUUCUGAUCAGCGGCAAGGAGGAUGCGGCCAACAACUACGCUCGUGGCCACUACACCAUUGGGAAGGAGAUGGUUGAGAGUGUCAUUGACCGCAUCAGACGCGUCGCCGACAACUGCAACUCGCUGCAAGGGUUCCUCAUCUUCCACUCCUUUGGUGGUGGCACUGGCUCCGGCUUCGGUGCCCUGCUUCUCGAGCGCCUCUCGACCGAGUACGGCAAGAAGUGCAAGCUGGAAUUCGCCGUGUACCCAGCUCCCCGUGUCUCUACUGCCGUUGUCGAGCCCUACAACGCCGUUCUGUCUACCCACAGCACCAUUGAAAACUCGGACUGUACCUUCUUGGUCGAUAACGAGGCGGUGUACGACAUCUGCAGACGCAACCUGGACAUUCCCCGUCCCAGCUUUGAGCACCUGAACCGCCUGAUUGCCCAGGUAGUCAGCUCCAUUACUUCGUCCCUGCGAUUCGACGGUGCUCUGAACGUCGAUUUGAACGAAUUCCAGACGAACUUGGUCCCGUACCCCCGUAUCCACUACCCGCUCAUCAGCUACGCCCCUGUUGUCUCGGCCUCCAAGAGUGCCCACGAGAGCUUCAAGGUCCACGACUUGACAUUCCAGUGCUUCGAGCCCAACAACCAAAUGGUUGUUUGCGAUCCCCGCAACGGCAAGUACAUGGCCGUCGCCCUGCUGUACCGCGGAGAUGUUGUUCCGCGGGACUGCAAUUCUGCCAUCGCAGCUCUCAAGGCCAAAGCCUCCUUCAACCUGGUUGAGUGGUGCCCAACUGGCUUCAAGCUUGGAAUCAACUACCAGAAGCCCAUGGCUGUCCCCAGCACCUCGCCUAAUGAUGGCGGUCUCGCAUCGGUCGACCGCUCCGUCUCUAUGCUUUCCAACACCACAGCUAUUGCUGAGGCCUGGUCGCGUUUGGACUACAAGUUCGACCUCAUGUACAGCAAGCGUGCCUUUGUGCACUGGUACGUCGGUGAGGGCAUGGAGGAGGGCGAGUUCUCGGAAGCACGCGAGGAUCUUGCAGCUCUCGAGAAGGAUUAUGAGGAGGUAGCAGCCGACUCGACAUUCGAGGGUGAUGAAGGUGAGGCCGAGUACUAA